GAAUAUUGAAAUGCGAUACUUUGAGGGUUGCGUUUCUCAGUUGCAGGAAGUCCAGCAGGAAGAAAAUGGGUGGUAGUAUGACAAAAAUAUUACCUGGUUUGUAUGUUGGAGGUUUCGAUAAUGCCAAAAAUGAAGAAGAAUUGAUGGCAAAUUGCAUAUCUCAUAUUAUUAUUGUUCAAAAUUCGAAAAACGAUAUUGAAAGAUCGAUAAGUCGUCAAUAUUUACAUCUUAUUGUCAGUGAAAAAUUAGAGAAUAGUUUGCUAAACCAAAUUCAAUUAUCCAAUGAUUUUAUUCAUCGGGCCCGAUUGGAUAGUGGAAAUGUAUUAGUGUGCAGUGAUUCAGGUCUAUCAGCUAAUGUAGCUGUUGUUACAGCUUAUUUAAUGACUGUUUAUUCAUUAGAUUAUUAUUCAGCUAUUAGAGCUUUAAGAAGUUUACGAUAUGGUGCACAUCCAGUUGAACCUUUACAAAAACAAUUAAUAGAAUUUGAUAGUAAAAUAAAUGAAAAAUCAUUUAAUAAACAAAAUCAAACAAAUAAUACUCAUCAAGACCAACAGCAACAGCAACAACAACAACAACAAACUGAAUUAUUAGAUUCCUCUAAACAUCUAUUGAAUUCCACAGUGUAUUUAGCGAUAACAUCAACAUCAGAACGUGAACGAUUAAAUUCAAUUUACGGUGAAUGGCCAUAUCUUGAAGAAGAUUUACAACUUCUUCAUACGGCUUUAAAUUCUCACUUGAAUUCAACUGAAGAGUCAGAAUUUCUAUUUCAUAAUGAAUAUGAUAAAACUAUACAAAAUGACAAGGAAUAUGAUGCUGAUAUUAAUAAUAAUGAAAAUAAUCUAACUACUACUCAUACUACUGUAGUAGUAGCUACUGUCAAAGAUGAUCAUAAUAAUCCUAGUAUAAAUGGUAUCAAUGAUAAUUCUUCAAUUCACAAUGUUAUUGAACACACUAAAGAUCAUGGUAGUUUAACUGAUUCAAAGUCAAUACAAUCUAAUUCAAAACUUUUGAAUAAGCAACAAGAUAAUACAAUAUUGAGUAAUAACCAUCAUAAUAAUAAUAAUACUGAUGACGAUAACAAUGGUUGUGGUAGUGUUGGUGUUUGUGAAAAUGAUCUAGAUAGUAUACCGUUUGUAACUGUUCCGAUAAAUGGUGUCCUUAUAUCAGAUAAUGUAAUUGAAAAGAGUUCUUCCAAACCAUCUUCAAAUGAAUCUGACGUAUUCAUCGUCGAUUCAACACAGUUACCUGAAAGUUGGGAUCGUCUUUCCAAUGCUAGUUCAUCAAUUCAAAGUGAAAAAUCACUUGAAAUUGGUUUUGAAGUGAAAGAUGAUCUUGAUGAUAAUAUACCUGGAGCUAUUGAAAUUCCAGCAAUUGAUUCUAUGCAUAUACGUAGUUGUGGAACAGCUCAUACAUACAAUAAUCAAUAUGGUCGAUCAAAUCCAUCUCAUAGUAGUAUAUAUAAAACUGCUCAUAGUUUAUAUCCUACCACUAAUAAUCUAAAUAAUAAAUUCACAUAUCAACAAAUAUGUCCAAAUACCACUAUAUGGAAUCCUUAUAAUUAUGAUAGAACUGAAUUAAUACAUACUACUCAAUUACAAAAUUACAAUAAUCUAUCAACUACUGCUCCAAAUUGUGACAUGUAUUUUAAAACUUGAUAUUCUAUAGGAAUUUAUUAUUCUCUGAACAUGUGUAUCAUGUUUAUUUACUUAGCUAAUUCCAAUUAUUAUUCCCUUUGCUAUACACAUCAUUUGAUGCAUACUUUAUGUAAGGACGUUAUAUUUUUGUUGUAGAGCUUACAAACUAACUAGAUUUUACUUUAUAAUUAAUCAAUGUGGAAGCAUCAACAAAAACAAAAAAGAAGAAUAAAUACUGUCGGGAUUUUAAUAUCAUGAAAAUGUUUUCACUUCUCUUUGUAAAUAUAUAUCUUGUUAUCUAUUUGAAUGAA